AUGAUGAGAACUUCUCCUAGAGAUUCGAUAAGCAAUUUGCCAGAUGAGAUACUUGGCAAAAUCUUGUCUUUGCUUCCGACAAAAGUGGCUGCUUCCACAUCGGUUCUGUCCAAGAGGUGGAGGAAUCUGCUAGGUCUUGUAGACAACCUCUGCUUUGAUGAGUCGGUGGUUGUUUAUCCCAACAAAGAAGAAGCUUUUAAGUGGUUCACAUCGAUUCUGUGAUUUCGUAGAAAAGACAUUUGCUCUGCUAAGCAAUUCUCCCAUCAAGAAAGUGUCUGUGUGUCAUAUACGUAUAUGUGAAUGUGAC